GAAAGUUCCAAAUACCUGCUAUUACUCGAUGCUGUUGAUAAAAUCAGGAUGGCUUCAAACUCAGGGUCACCACCAAGUGUUGGACCUUACUAUGAAAACCGUGGAUACCAACCGGAAAACCUCCAUCCCCAGCAACCCACGGUUGCUCCCAAUGCCUACGUGAUGUACCCGGCUCAGUACUACCCGUCCCCGGUGCCUCAGUACACUCCGAGCGUCCCAACGUACUCUUCGACACCCGUCAUCCACACGCAGCCCAGAGCCCCAUCAGGGAGAUUAUGCACCUCAAGAGCCAAGAAGUCACUGUGCAUCGCCAUCGCCGUGGGGGCUGUCCUCGCUGUGGGGGCGCUGGCCGCUGGCCUGCUCUGGAAGUUCAUGGAGAACGAGUGCUCGGUGUCUGGCAUGGAGUGCGGCUCCUCGGGGACCUGCAUCAGCUCAGCUUACUGGUGUGAUGGGAUUUCUCAGUGCCCCAGCGGGGAGGACGAGGACCAGUGCGUUCGCCUCUACGGACCGAACUUCGAGCUUCAGGUUUACUCGUCUCAGAGUAAGUCCUGGCACCCCGUGUGCCAGGAUGACUGGAUCGAGAGCUACGGGAGAGUGGCCUGCAACGACAUGGGCUAUGGGAACAGUUUUUAUUCUAGCCAAGGAAUAGCAGAUGACAGCGGGGCUACUAGCUUUUUGAAGCUGAACACAAGUGCUGGCAAUGCCGAUCUCUAUAAAAGACUGUACCAGACUGACUCCUGUUCUUCAAAAACAGUGGUUUCUUUACGCUGUAUAGAGUGCGGAGUCAGCUCAAAGUCGAGCCGCCAGAGCAGGAUCGUGGGUGGUGACAGUGCCAGCCUGGAGGACUGGCCCUGGCAGGUCAGCCUGCACGUCCAGGGCGUGCACGUCUGCGGAGGCUCCAUCAUCACCCCUGAGUGGAUUGUGACGGCUGCCCACUGCGUGGAAGAGCCCCUGAACAGUCCACGGUAUUGGGAGGUAUUUGCAGGAAUUUUGGAUCAGUCUUCAAUGUCCUACGGAAAUGGAUAUCGAGUAGAAAAAGUGAUUUCUCAUCCAGAUUAUGAUUCCAACUCCAAGAACAAUGACAUUGCUCUCAUGAAGCUGCAGACAUCUCUGACUUUUAACGAUAGAAUGAAGCCAGUGUGUCUGCCCAACCCAGGAUUGAUGCUGGAGCCAGAGCAGGACUGCUGGAUUUCUGGGUGGGGGGCCACCUACGAGAAAGGGAAGACCUCUGACAUUCUGAAUGCUGCCAUGGUGCCGCUAAUUGAGCCCCAGACAUGUAACAGCAAAUAUGUCUACAAUAACAUGGUCACGUCAGCCAUGAUCUGCGCAGGGUACCUGCAGGGGACCAUUGAUUCCUGCCAGGGUGACAGUGGAGGGCCUUUGGUCACUUUGAAGAACGACGUCUGGUGGUUGAUUGGGGACACAAGCUGGGGGUCCGGCUGUGCCAAGGCUAACAGACCAGGCGUGUAUGGGAACGUGACAGUAUUCACAGACUGGAUUUAUCAGCAAAUGAGGGUUGCUGUGGGGUUGCUCCUCACCCCUCCGGGGCUGCCCACCCCACUGCCUGGCACCACUUGCAUGUGCCUGCUGGUGCUUGGAUGCAAAAACUGCUACCGAGCCAGGGCUCGCUGCCCGAUGCACACAGAAGUCAGUGAUAUGCCUCCCCCAGCCUCCUUGGAGAUUGUGCACGCCCCUCGGUCCUGGCACUGGGCUGAGUCGAGCACUGUGCUGACUCUCUUCAGGCCUGCUAAUCACAUGGAAAUCGAGAGCUUUUCUCUUCAUGCCAAAGCUCUCACCACAGAGGACAGCCACACCCACCUGGCUGGAGUUCAGUCCCAUGGCCACUGCCCUGUGCUGCUUUGA